AUUAGGCAACUGUCCGAACUAUAGGGCCCGUGUCUCAAGUCAGUCACUCACCGCACGCUUUUAGACUCCACAGUUACCACAACGCGGAUUCCAAGCUCCUCCCACGCCGGUUAAAUCCUCGAUCAGAGCGUGGCUGGAGGUAGUCGAAGGCGGUCAUGCCGGAGGUGCUGUAGGUUCUCACAACUUCGAAGCAGCAAGUAUUCUUGCGUCUUUUAUAUUUAGUUUGUCUCGCGGGAGAAAUAUGAAGACAAUACUUGCUGCGUAUUCCGGUGUCUUGCGAGGCACCGGUUCCAGCAUCCUCUCGGCCCUGCAGGACCUGCCCUCUGCUCCAUGGCUGUCCCGCUCCAAGGUGGAGAAGCACCUGCAGGUCAUCUCCGUGUUGCAGUGGGUCCUCACCUUCCUCAUGCUGGGUGCGGCCUGCACGGUGCUGCUCAUCUACAUGUUCUGGACCGACUGCUGGUUGAUUGCCGCCAUGUACACCACCUGGCUCAUCUUCGACUGGAACACCCCGAAAGAAGGUGGCCGCCGGUCCUCGUGGGUCAGAAACUGGACCGUCUGGUCUUACUUCAGAGACUACUUCCCCAUCAGACUCAUUAAGACGCACAACCUGCUGCCCAGCCGGAACUACAUCUUUGGCUACCACCCCCACGGCAUCUUCUGUUUCGGGGCCUUCUGCAACUUCGGGACGGAGGCCACGGGCUUCUCCAAGAAAUUCCCUGGAAUCCGGCCCUCCCUGGCAACGCUGGCGGGGAACUUUCGGAUGCCAGUGCUGAGGGACUACCUGAUGUCCGGGGGCAUCUGUCCGGUGAACCGAAACUCCAUCGACUACAUGCUGUCCCGGAACGGGACGGGCAACGCCGUGGUCAUCGUCAUCGGAGGGGCGGCGGAGUCCCUGAACUGCGCCCCCGGCAUGAACUCCGUCACCCUCAAGAACCGCAAGGGAUUCGUGAAACUGGCCCUGCAAAAGGGGGCGGACCUGGUGCCCGUGUACUCCUUCGGGGAAAACGAGGCCUACAAGCAGGUGAUCUUCGAGGAGGGGUCCUGGUGGAGGCUGGCCCAGCGGAAGCUGCAGAAGCUGGUGGGGUUCGCGCCCUGCCUGUUCCACGGCUGCGGCCUGUUCUCCGAGGACUCCUGGGGCCUGGUGCCUUACUGCAAACCCAUCACCACUGUCGUGGGAGAGCCCAUUACCGUGCCUAAGAUCGAGGAGCCCAGCCAGGAAGUGGUGGACCAGUACCACACCAUGUACAUCGCCUCCCUGGUCAAGCUCUUCGACAAGUACAAGGUCCGCUUCGCGCCUAAGGAUAGCUUCCUUCAGAUCCAGUGAGGUGGGAGGGGGGGCCUUGGGACCCCGGAAAGACAACUGCGAAGUAGCUGCCUUGAUCAACAUCCCCCCCCCCCCCCCCACCUACCCCCAAACCCCCACUCAAGUGCCCAGCUCUAAGAUCCAGCCAGGAAAAGGAUCUCUUUUAUACGUACGUACGCCCGUACUACGCACAUUAGCAUUUUUCCAAACCCGCAGCAAGCAAGAAAACUCCCCUAAUCAAAAAAGAGCAUAGCACUCUUCUUUUAUUCUCCUUUCUUUUGGUGAAGACCAGAGGCUUGCCCCAGAACACUGUCGGUGCUUAUUAGGGAAUGCGUUCGGCAUUACCUUCCUUUGUUCUCCUCAUUUUUGUUUUCGUUGCCCGUUUCCUCCAGGAAGACCACCACAGACGUUUUUUUGAGGAGCAGGUACCGCCAAACGAUUAGAAAUUUUUGUCAUUCUCAAGUAGUGCGAUUGGAGUGUUUGUAUUAUGUCUGCCACUGGGUGGCACUAUAAUGUCUGGCUUCACCAGCUUAAUGGCCUUAACGCACGUAGCAAUUGAAGACAAUCCUCGUUCAGCAUAUGUGUGCCAUGCGCUUGCAAUCUUGUCAUGAUAUUUAGCACCCUGGUUGUACAUUUCUUUAUUAUUUUACGCCUCAAGAGAAAAAAAAGCCCCCAAGUAAAGACCAUAAGAUUUGUGAUUCCUCAGAUGACUGCUUUGCUGAGAUAUUGUUAGGGUUAUCAACAUUAGCUUCAUCUCAUUAAAUGUCCAUAUUAAGCAGACAAAGUAAACUGUCUUUAUUUCAAAUGAACAAGAGAAACAAGAACACUUUUUGGCAUGCCCAACUCGUAGAAAAUUCGAUUAAGGGUUAUUCGAUUUUGACUCCUGUGGGACUUUCUUUUUUUUUUUUUUUCGUUAGCAAAGAUGCACAAACAAUGCAAUUUCAAAGGUUUCGCCUCAGAAAAAAAAACAGUCACCAUUGUUUGCGUAUGUCAAGCCAAAGUCAGGAGUUACCCUGUUCUACCUUCACACUUUUUAGUGACGGUUUUCAUAAUUCUUGAUGUAGUAAUACCACUGCCUCUACAGGAAGCUAACUGCAUUAACUUAACAUUUAAUUAAAUGUAAUUCUAGCGUUAGCUUAUGCAUAUCUAUGAUUCCUGGACACAGUACAGGUUAUUACGGAAUACCGUGAAUGUGUUCAUUGUAAACAGAUUAGAGGGAGGGGGAAUAAUCCCAUUAUUUUUCAAUGGAAGCAAAGCCAUUUCCCUUGCAUUUUAUUGUUUGUUUUAAGUGUGAUGCCAUUUUCUGCUAAGGAAAUCUAUCUUUGCAAUGCAAAGAUUCUUCCCUGAAAAAAAUACUGCAUUGUACGCCAUACAGUAAUUGAAACAAUGUUUUUUUUUUUUUAAUCGUGAAUUAGAUUUAGUUCUGAAACUGUCCCUUUAUUAUUUUCCAUGAAAGAAUGCGCUGUUCUGUGUCAAUAAUUAUUGCUCAAAAUGAUUUAUUCGGUUGAUAUGGUGCAAGCAGGAAUGCAAGAAUGAUGCAAGAAUGUGAGGUGUGUGUGUUUGUGUGCGUGCAUGUGAUAGUACACGCAUUGCGUGACUUAAAAUCUGGUGUAGUUCAUGUGAACGUGAUGAAGACAGUUUAUGGGCAUGGUGAUGCAAAGGAUGAUGGGAUUUCUCUGACAAGGAACUUGACAUUAUCCCGGUUAAAGGAAAGGAACAGUCCAGCCCGGUUGGAGGAAAUGAACAUUUUGUGUAGCACCUGUUGUGAAUGUUUUCUAAAUCUGAUGGAAAAAAAAACAUUGCCUUGAAGUACUUAAAAAUCCCUGCUAGGGCAAGUAUAGAGGCCAUUUUGAAGUUUUCCCCUUAAAGACUGGAGCUGUUCUUGUGAAUAUAUUUAUGCAUGUCUGCUCUUUGUGUGUGACGCCUGUAGGAGGUGUUAUAGCUAUUUUCUAAGUGUUUACAAAUCCUGAAAGGGGCGAUUGUUUAAUGGAAAUGUCGUUUUCAGUUAAACGUCUGCCGAAUUCACCCGUCGUGACUUCCGCAGUGUGACCCGUGCCUCCCUCUAAUUCAAGUGCAAUAAAAAUGACAAUAUAAGA